AAAAUGAUCUGUAAAAAAACAAAAGCUCCAUUGGAACUGGGUGAAUGGAGGUACGACCUUAAACACAUGGACUCCGCCGUUGUCGAAAACCCGCCAGUGUCAAUAAACGAAGGCCAAAUGUACGUGUAUGAAAAUUACUUUCCUAAUUACACGAUCAAAUAUAUCCACGUGGACAACUUGGCAAUUCGAUCAUGUGGAGCUAGUGCAGCAAUGAGGACCGGUGGUAUCGGCAGCUCCUAUGUGCUUAUAGUGCUGCACGCUCACAUCAACGAAGAGAUAAGGUCUGUAGUCGACAUCUGGGGAGAACGAAAAAAAGUGAUCACGGAAGAGUUGCCGAGGACCCCUCUCAAACCUGAUGAAAUGACAUCUCUUAAAUCAUUAUAUUUAUUUAAGCAUUUACGAGCAGUUAAUCACAACAGUGCUUAUUAA